CUCUCUCUCUCUCUACAAGAGCUCCCUAUCUCUUCUACACCAUCGAACACCGCCCGUCACCCACCACCCCAGUGCCACCACCUGCCUCCACCACCACGACUCUAUCUCUCUCUAACAACCUGUCAACACCAUUUUAUCCCUCUGUUGAUUUCUCAAUUUUGAUCUGAAUUCCAGCAAACACUUUAACCAUUUUGAGAAUUAUUAAAUUGAUGAACAAGAUCUAAGGUUUCAGCUUUUGCAUAAAAAACCCAACAAACCUUUGUUUUUUUAGCACUUAUACCUCUCCCUCAACCAUUUUCAUCCACCAUCUUAGAUUUGCUUUGUGAGGUAACACAGAGACAACUAAAGAAAAGGAUUUCACCUUUGUUAGGCGAUUUUGAGUGGCUUCGGGCUGAACACCACAUCGCUCCACCGUUUCGAACACAUGAAACCAUUGUGGCAGUCAGUUUCAUCUUUCUGAACGAACAGUGUCGACGAAUUUAAGUGGAUCUGGGCAGAACCUCGCAUUGUUUCACAUCAGUCCACCGAUUUGAACACAGGAAACCGUUGUGGAAGUCGCUCCACAUCAGUUGAUUUUGACCGGAUCUGGUUUGAAACCCAAAUCUCUUCAUAUCCAUCUUCCGAUUUGAACACAUGAACCCAUUGAUUCUUGCUCCAACUUUGAUUUUUGGUUAUUUUACUCGCAAUAUACCAAUUUACCCCAUAAAUUCAGUUUCUAAAAUAUGUGAUUGUAGUUGAACCACGUUUGUGUUGGCUGGUUGUUAGUGUUGAUGGAUGGUGGUCGCGACUGUUAGUGCUAGUGACAGUAGGUGGUGGUGGUUGUUGGUGGUGAGAAAUUAGGGUUUCUAAAAGGCAACAAGAUAUCAGUUCUUAAGAGGGAGGAUGGGAAAAGACAAAUUUGCCCCUCAUGUGAGGGGCACGUGACUGUGUUUUAACGUUGGAAAUGGAUGGCGUUAGGGGCGGGGAGUGAAAUAGAGAUAAGCUUCAUAGAUCAGGGAGUAAAAUGGCUAUUUUUAAAGGUUUGGGGCAAAACCGUUAAAGUUACCAAACCACAGGGAGCAAAACGGAAGUUUACUCAAUAAAAUAUUUAUGGUCAACUCUUUGGGGUGAAUAAUGCAUUUGAAACCCUUUAAAAAAAAGUCUACUUGAUCAUUGGGGUGAAUAAUAUAUUUGAAACCCUUUAAAAAAAAAAGUCUACUUGAUCUUAAAAAGUCAACUUUUGUUGGUACAAAUACAUGAAAGCCAUCAGUCUAUAGUUCAUCAAGGCUUGACUCCAUGGAUGCCUCCAAGAGUGUUGAAGAUGUGGUCACAGUGGAUGUUCAUGCAGCUAAAGAACUCCUUAACUCUGGUCACGGGUAUCUUGAUGUCAGAACAAAUGAAGAAUUUAGCAAGAGUCACGUGGAAAAUGCUCUGAAUAUCCCUUACAUGUUCAAAACACAAGAAGGAAAGGUUGAAAAUCCUGAAUUUCUGGCUCAGGUUUCGGCUCUUUGUGACAAGGAGGACUCACUCGUUGUGGCUUGCAACAGUGGAGGGAGAUCGCUUAAAGCUUCAGCCGAACUUCUUGCUGCAGGCUACAAGAACGUGAAGAACAUGGCCGGUGGAUACUCCGCAUGGGUCGAUAGCGGGUUUGCAGGUGACGCCGCACCAGCUGAGGAGUUGAAAACCGCUUGCAAAUUUCGGCGCUAAUGCUCAUUCAAGAAUCAAGAUUAUAAUACUUUUAUGUAUGUGUCUUUUUACGUAUGUGUUUUCUCAAAAUCCGUACAUUGUGGUCUUCCUUUUUCUUAUGUUUCUUGCAGUCCCUUGUAUACAUUGUAAUUUAAACAAAUCUGCCUAUAAAUGGGUUAAGUUGGGUAACGUUCAACCCCGCCCGUUUUAAACGGCUAUAACUAACGUUUUUAUCAGAACAUGCAACAAGUCUUCUCGAAGA